AUCUGAGAAGAAAAUCUCGAAUUCAAGAUGGCUGCGCCCAUGGACACAUCAAAACAGCUCCAGACACAUGCAGAAGUGGAGCCCUUGUAACCAAAUAUUACACCGAUUGUUCGGUCGAACAUUAAGAUGAAAUCAAGGAAGAAAAGACACAGACCAGUUACGGAGUAUAAAAUAACGAAUACUCGGAGGGAUAACAAGGUGAUUUCGAAGCUGCACACCCUAAAUAAGGAAAUUGAAAAGCUCAGUCAUACCAGUGGAAAAAAACAGAAAGAACUAGGAACACAUCUCAAGAUUGUUUCCUUGAAGAAAUCUGUGGAGGAGCUUGGAGGGCUCGAGGCUUAUCAAUCAGCAUCCAAACUUGGAGAAGCUCGCCAUGGGAACCUCAACUCUGCGAAAUGGGUUCUUCAGAAACUGAAAGAACAUAACAUCAGGACAGACAAAGGAACCAAGUUUAAGCUCCUUGACGUGGGUGCUUUGGACUACAACUACAGCAAGCAGCAGAAAUGGAUCGACUGCACUCCCAUCGAUCUUAAUCCACAGAACCGGCGUGUCAUCAAAGCUGACUUCUUUACUUUCCAGAAUGAUGAGCCAGUGCUGUAUGACAUCAUUGUCCUGAGCUUGGUACUCAACUUUGUUGGCUCGCCGGCAAAGCGUGGAGACAUGCUGAAGAAAUGCACAGCAAUAUGCAAGCCCAAAGGAUACCUGUUUAUUGUUCUACCGCUUGCCUGCCUGGAGAAUGCUCGGUACCUCAGCCACGAACUCUUCAAGGACAUCUUAGAAAGCCUCGGCUUCAACCUCAUUGUCUCCCACAACAGCAAGAAGCUCAGCUUCAUCAUGUGCCAGUUCAGCGGAGAAACUAGCCAGAGGAAAGCUUUCCCAAAGACACUCGUCAGGAACGGCGUCAAAUGCAACAAUUUCAGUAUCGUCCUGACCUUAUGACCUGCCUGGACAAGUGUUCCCUUGGGGCACACUGCAGACUUGAUCCCGUCCGUGCAUGGUCGGUUGAGGGCGCCAGACAGACAAGUAUGGAGGAACUUUGCAUGUAGUUCACCACAAGUUCUCUGAAGUGUGAUCACGAAACUGAUUCCAUACACUUUUAUUCUUUCCGUUUCUUCAUACUUUCACAGUGUACCUUUCGCUAUUUUGGUGUGGCCUAGUGGUUAGGGUUUUGGACUCGUGAUCAGAGGGUCAGGGGUUCGAAUCCAGCUGCUGGUCAUAUGUGUGUCCUUGGGCAAGCCACAUCACU